GUGAAGACUCGGUGCGCCGUCGUGUGACUGACAUUUGUCAUUAAAUAACGGUGUAAAGCGUAUCUUCGAUCUCUCUCUCUCUCUUUCUCUUUCUCCAAAAACAAAAAUCGCGAUUCGCUCUUCUCUUCGAAAAUCUCGAUAUAGCACGAGAAGAAGAGCGAUUUGGAGUGAGAGAAGAUGGGGUUGUCGUUCACGAAGCUGUUCAGCAGGUUGUUCGCGAAGAAGGAAAUGAGGAUUCUGAUGGUAGGUCUCGAUGCUGCUGGUAAGACAACCAUCUUGUACAAGCUCAAGCUUGGAGAAAUUGUCACCACUAUCCCCACCAUUGGAUUUAAUGUUGAGACUGUGGAGUACAAGAACAUCAGCUUCACUGUGUGGGAUGUUGGUGGUCAGGACAAGAUCCGUCCAUUGUGGAGGCAUUAUUUCCAGAACACUCAGGGUCUCAUUUUUGUGGUUGAUAGCAAUGAUAGAGAUCGAGUGGUUGAGGCUAGGGAUGAGUUGCACAGGAUGUUGAAUGAGGAUGAACUUAGAGAUGCUGUUUUGCUUGUUUUUGCCAACAAGCAAGAUCUUCCUAAUGCAAUGAAUGCUGCAGAAAUAACUGACAAGCUUGGACUUCAUUCUCUCCGACAACGCCACUGGUAUAUCCAGAGCACAUGUGCGACUUCUGGAGAGGGUCUCUAUGAGGGUUUGGAUUGGCUUUCUAACAACAUUGCCAGCAAGGCAUGAGACAUUUGAAAAUUUUUGGUCUUGUCUGGUGGUUCUUGGAGAAAGAUGCUACUUAUCCUUUCUAGUUAAUGUUGUAAUAGCAGAAUUCUUAUUAGAAGUAUUUUCUUCUCGUGUAACUUGGGUUUGUACGAUUGCUUAAGUUGGCUAAUACUUUUAGCUAUAAUUGGAACGCUUGCAAUCUUCUUCUGCGUGCUCAUUUUGUUAGUUGAUUAUCGGUUGAAUA